AUGCUUACACAUUCAGCGGGGCAGAAAAGGGAAAGAGUGACAGAGGGAUUGGAUACACGGAAGAAGGGGAAGGUGGGCGAAGUGAAUGCCUCGGCAGAAGAGCGCCAGGAAUUGGCAGACGUAUUGAAAGACAGGGACAGUACAGAAAAAACCACGCUGGUGUCUACUAGUGAUGUUUGCAACAUGAUCGAACUGUUUCCAGGGAAAGAGGGUUUUCAGACCAAAAUUGGGUCUUCCAUGAGUGAUCAAGUCAGAGACGAGCUCAUUAUUUGCUUGCGCAGAAAUGCAGAUGUGUUCGCAUUCAGCACCGCUGAUUUAAAGGGAAUUGACAGAGGGUUGGCAGAGCACUGCCUUAAUGUGGAUCCUAAAAUUAAGCCAGUAAAGCAACGAACAAGGAAUUUUGGGGCCGAGAAGGACGCUGCAAUAAGGGAGCAGAAAACAAAUACUUGGAGGAUGUGCGUAGAUUUCAGAGAUCUGAACGCCGCUUGCCCAAAAGAUCACUAUCCUCUGCCGAGGAUCGACCAGCUGGUGGAUGCCACUUCGGGAUGCGCUUUACUAUCUAUGAUGGACGCGUAUCAGGGAUACCAUCAGGUUAAAAUGAACAGAGGAGACAUUGCCAAAACGGCCUUUGCCGUCUGUUGCGGGGUUUACGGCUGGAGGAGUAUGCCGUUUGGCUUAAAAAAUGCGGGAGCCACGUAUCAGCGGAUGAUGGAAAAAGUCUUUAAGGAACAACUCUCCAAGAAUAUCUCGGUGUAUGUGGAUGACAUGCUUGUGCGGAGUAUAAGGGCAGAGGACCAUGUCUCUGAUCUCGAGGAGAUCUUCACUGUGGCAAAUUCUUGGACUACAAGGUUACCCCUGCAGGGAUCGAGGUUAACGCAGAGAAGGUUUAUAUCACGGUCGACAGAGCGCAGCAUGCCGUUUUUCAAAAUCUUAAGGAAGGGCACUAAAUUUCUAUGGACGGAGGAAUGCCGAGCGGCAUUUGAAGAUCUCAAGGUAUAUCUAGCAAGGCUUCCGACUCUGACCAAGCCGGUCCCGGGAGAAACGUUGUAUCUGUACAUAGCAGUGGGGGAAGAUGCAAUCAACUCAGUGCUUAUCAGAGAGGAGGGAAGUCACCAGAAACCCAUUUACUUCGUCAGCCGAAUCAUCCAGGGUCCUGAAUUGAAUUACACAGAGAUAGAGAAGGCUGCUCUGGCGGUCAUGGUCACGGCGAGAAAAUUGAGGCUGUAUUUUUUGUCACAUCGGGUAGUGGUGCGCACUACCUUGCCUUUUAAACAAGUGCUGGGGUGCCCAGAUUUGUCGGGAAGAAUGGUGAAGUGGGCUGUGGAGUUGGGGGAAUACGAUGUGGAGUACGAGCCAAGAACAGCGAUCAAAGCACAAGCGUUGGCAGAUUUCAUCCAAGAAACAACUCGCCGUCCCGUACCGGAAUUUUGGGUUGCCUUUGUAGACGGAUCAGUGACAAAAGAGGGAUGUGGAAUUGGGGUAUACAUCACAUCACCGGGGUAUGGUACAUAUCAGUUUGCAAUCAAAUUCACUUGCCGACUGUCCAACAAUGAAGCGGAAUAUGAAGCUGUGGUCAGAGGGGCGCACAUUUUAUCAGAACUCAAGGCCGAACGUGUCAUCAUCAAGACAGACUCCCAGUUAGUGGCCCAACAAUAUUCAGGGGGUUAUAGUGUCAAAGAAGAACGCAUGAGGGCGUACCACCGCAAGCUCAGCGAGAUGAAGGACAAGUUUAUGGAAUUCAAAAUCGAGCAGAUUUCCCGGGAGGAUAAUACGAAAGCAGACCUACUGGCGCGAAUGGCUAGUGCAGUGGAACAAACCUGGAGUGAUGAAAUUAUUUUACUCUGUGAUACCAGAGAGAUGGGGACUUCACAGGUCUUCUCCGUAGAGAUCAGAGACGACUGGCGGGCUCCUAUUUUACACUUUCUCAAGACAGGGGAGUGGUUGAACAAGGAAUCUAAUCAGAGGGCCCGAUACGAAAAUUAUUGCUUGCUUAAUGACCAACUCUACAAACGAUCCUUUACUCAGCCUUUACUAAAGUGCUUAUCUCCAGAGGAAGCUAACUUUGCGUUAAAUGAAGUUCAUGCAGGUUGUUGUGGUGGUCACACGGGAUUCCGGGAUCUUGUACGCAAAAUCAUUCGGGCAGGGUUCUACUGGCCUAACAUCAACAAAGACGCCAGAGAUUUCGUUCGCAAGUGCGAGGCUUGCCAGAGACACGCUGGGAGAAUCAACGUUCCAGGGGAGCCUAUGGGCGUUAUGUACGCUGCAUGUCCAUUCGACAAGUGGGGUAUCGACAUAGUCGGGAAGCUACCUACGGCACCAGGGGGCAAGUGUUUUCUGCUUGUAGCGGUGGACUACUUCUCUAAGUGGGUCGAGGCUGAAGCUGUGGGGAAAAUAGAUGAGAGGGUCACGGAUUUCUGUGAUCGGAUGGACAUCACUCAAAGAUUCGUCUCGGUAGCUCAUCCGCAAGCGAAUGGCCAAGUGGAGUUGGCCAACAGGACAAUAUGCGAAGGGAUCAAGAAGAGGCUGACUCAGAGCAAAGGCAAAUGGGUGGAGGAGCUGGAUACUGUACUUUGGGCCUACCGCACUAGCCCAAAGACAGCCACGGUUGAAGCACCAUUUACCCUGGUGUAUGGAUCUAAUGCGGUAAUACCAGCGGAGGCAAGAUUGGAAUCAUAUCGGAUAACAACCUACGAUACUGAGCACAAUGCUGAACUUCGCCGAGCAGAGCUAGAUUUGGUGGAAGCACAGAGGGAUGAAGCCCGGGUCAGAGCAGCAAAAUACAAAGGCAUUAUCAAAGCAGGGUAUGACAAGCGGGUCAGAGCGCGGAAAUUAUCAAAGGAACAUCUGGUCCUCAAGCGAGCUGAUGCAUUGAAGGCAGUGGGCAAGUUCGAAGCUAAUUGGGAAGGCCCGUUUAUCAUCACAGAGGUCCUAGGGGGUAGAGCUUAUAUAUUGUCGGAUCCAGACGGCAGAGCUCUUCCUAGACCAUGGAAUAUUAACAAUCUCAAAAAGUUCUAUGUAUAA